AUUCUAGUUUGUUCUUUUUCGUUUUAUUCCCUGGUCGUUUCAGUAAACAUUCAUGGAGGUCUCAAUCUACUGUUCGCUUAGAUUACCAGCUAUUAUCUCUCAACAUUGCAAAGCCUCUUAUCAUGUCAAUAGGUUUUUACCAAAUAAGCCCACAACCAAAUAUAUCGAAUCUGCCAACUUUCCUUUGAAAUGCUCCACCAAGAAAUUGAUCCAGCCAAUGGGCCUUUAUGGGGAGAACAGUACCCCAAAAUCCUUAUUGUUCGGCCAUCAGAAGCUUAAUUUCAUCCGGGCAUGUGCUGAACUUGGCAAGGCUCAGCAUGAAGCAGCUGGUCCAAAUUCGAAAUUUGCCAAAGUGUUGCAUUUUGGAUCUACAUGCUAUAAAUUCAUAAGGCCCUAUGCGAUGCUUCAAGUAAUUGUAUCGUCCGUCUCUUUCUUCACAAGAGUGUUAGUUGAGAACCCACAAUUGUUUAAAUGGUCUCUGCUGUUAAAAGCAUUUCCAGGUCUAAUUGCUAUGAUUCUUGCGCACUCUUAUACUUAUGGUAUUAAUCAGAUUUUCGAUGCUGAUAUUGAUAGGGUGAAUAAACCUUAUUUGCCAAUACCAGCUGGGGAUUUUUCACUAACACAAGCAUGGUUCUUGAUGGCAUUUUUUGUACUUGCUGGCCAAUUAAUUUUAUGGUUGAUGAACGCCGACCCAAUCACAACUUGUCUCUACUGUUUUGGUCUUUUGUUGGCCACCAUGUACUCUGCACCUCCAUUUAGAUUAAAGGGAUCUGCUAUUGCAACAAUUAUUACGAUUCCAUUGAGCACUAUCAUUAACAAUGUCGGUGUAAUUUAUGCCACCAUGGCUUCUCUUGGACUUCCAUUCCGGUUGAGUCCCCCAGUUGUUUUCAUCCUCACCUUUAAUGCAUUGUUUUUCGUGGUAACUUGCCUCAUAAAAGACAUUGAAGACGUGCAAGGUGAUAUGAGGCAUAACAUUCAAACAUUUGCGGCAAUGUUCGGACCUAAAAAUAUGACACUUCUUGGCAUGGGAAUUUUGCUGGUAAAUUAUAUUGGUGCUUUUGCUGUUGCUAUUUACAUGCCCCAGGCUUUCAAGUGGCACAUAAUAUUUCCUGCUCACUCAAUACUUGUCUUAUGGUUACUUUUUCAGGUUAAAAAACUAGACAAAGCAAAUUAUGUCAAGGAAGCAAGCGCAACUUUUUAUCAAUUUCUCUGGAAGCUUUUAACAUUAGAGUUUCUCCUAGUUCCUUUCAUAUAA